AUGUCUCUAGCUGUCGAUGAUGUUGUCACUGAAGAUGGCAAACCAAAUGAUUUCGGGAGUUUUGUAAGCUCUGAUGAUGAGAUUGAGAUCGAGGAGAUGUGUGAGCCUAUCGAAAGAUAUGCAAAUGGAAUUUACUAUCCCAUAUGUAUUGGGGACGUUCUAGCUGGCACGUAUCGGGUGAUACAUAAGCUGGGUUGGGGAGGCUUUUCCACUGUCUGGAUGGCGCACGACCUCAAGCGCCAGAAGCUGGUUGCACUGAAGAUUGGAAUUCCUGGUGAUACGGGAGAACGAGAGCUUAAUAUGCAAAGAGAAAUCCUUCAUAGAGUCAAGGAUACCUCCCGCUAUCUGACUUUUCUGGACACCUUUUCCGUCCCUGGCAUGAACGGCACACACCUGGUAAUGGUAUUUCCUGUUCGAGGUCCAAGCCUACAUAAUUACAUGAGAGACCUAGAGGUAAAGACUAGGAUGAUUGCUGCAAAGCAACUACUCUUAGCCUUAGAGUCCCUUCAUGAUGCUGGGAUUGUACAUUGUGAUCUUAAUAGCGGGAGCAUGCUCUGGGAUAUCGGCAAUAUUGACGAGUGUUGUCCAAAAAUGGCCUACCAAAUCUUCGGCCGCCCUCGCAAGGCACCAGUAUGGGUAGAGACUUGGAAACCUGGCGAGCUGGUCAGCCCAAUUCAAGUGGACAAAAAAUUGCUGCAAGGGAAUAUCUUUCUUGCUGAUUUCGGGUUGGCGAUCAAGACCGGAUCACCAGUCAAAUGUCCCAGCUUUGCCAGCGACAUGUGGAGCUACAUGUGCCUCUUCGCAGAGCUUCACCUUGGUUGCGUUCCCUUUCGCGGCAGAGCAAAUGCCACAGCUCUCUCCAACCUAGUGAGGAGCCUUGGUCCUCUACCUCCGCAAUGGGAUGGCAUGUAUGAUGCAGGCGAUACACCAGAGGACUUCUGGUACGACCAAACGCAAACACCCCAUACUCUGGUUACUCUGGAGGAAAUCACCAAACGGGCGCGACCUGGGAUUGUCGACUCCGAGCUGAAGCUGGUCGUCUCAGUAUUAUUGAAGGGAUUUACAUAUUUGCCUGAAAAUCGUUUGACGGCCGCAGAACUGUUGCAAGACAAGGAUUUUAAUGCCAUUAUGGAGUUAUAUGGAUGCUGA